AUGAAGACUCCGACAUUGAUAUUGGUUUGGUGUACGCUCAUCAAAUUCAGCGUAGUAGCUCAGGGUACUACAACAUACUCUGGGCCGUUAUACGUGAGAGUGGGGGAAGACUUCGUACUGAAGUGUAGCACGAAUGCUUUCCGCUUCCCUAAAUGGAGUCUCAAUGGACGGAGCUUAGAAGACGAUUUCGCGAUUCAGUUUAUCAGAGUCAAGGGAAACGGACGUCAGGAAGCAGAACUUCGGGUACUCGACGCCGGCCUGCAGCAUUCCGGGGCAUAUAGCUGCGAUCCAUUCGAUUCAGAUAAACACCACGUGUACGUCGUGGACCCAGAGAAUGUCAACGACACCCAAAGGUGCUUCCUGAUCAAGCCGGAAACAUCGCUCGCGCUUGGCUGUCAGCCGGAAUGGAAAACUCCAUUCUUCUGGUAUUACGGUAAAGACGAGACCAGAUACCUGCCGAAAGGUCAUGUGGAAUUGCGCACAUCGCAGCUGCUAUUCCAUGGCAUGCAACUCUCCGAUGCCGGACGUUACAUUUGUAGGAGUGUGAAAGAUCCGCUUGUCGAAACAACGUAUCACCUCGUCACUCCUAUCAGCACUCAACGUGAUCAUAGCUGGACCAAGGUCGCCCUUAUAGGAUCCUCAGUCGCAUUGGAUUGCGAUUUCGUCGCCGACCCGCAGCCUCAUAUCGAAUGGUUCAUAGGGAGUGAUCACGCUGAGUUGAAGAAAAGAGCUCAUCAUCGAGUGCACAUCUCAGUGAACCCCAGUACAGGAGUACCAAACUCCCGCUUGAUUGUUCAGAACGUGAAUCCCUCGGACAACAACGCAUACACAUGCCGAGCUUCGCAUCUGAUGUGCGGGAUACAGACCGAACAAGUCGUGACCCUCAGAGCUCAACAGUCCGAGAUUUUGACGAACGAGGCAGAGACGGAGUACGGAUACCACGGCGUGGUCGUCAAUGCAAAAUCUCAGAAGUUAGUCCUCAAAUGCAACUAUACCGGGUACUGGAAAGAUGACGCGGAACCGCCGACGUAUGUCUGGCUCAAGAAUCAAUCGGUCAUCAGCGAGAGCUCAAAAUAUCACAUCAAGAACGAGGGUCCGGCUUCCACUUUGACAGUGACUAAUUGCGAUGUUUCGGACGCCGGCAAUUAUACGUGUAAAUUCAAUAAUGAUCAACAAGCUACCCUGAUGGUAUUCAUGUACCCGACGAUAGAUCACGUGGAGGGAUCGAAAAUCCAGGUUCAGGGAGAUCCUCUCACGUUGCUAUGCAAAGUUCGUGGAGUCCCCACUCCGACUGUCACAUGGUACAAAGAGGAUGCGCAGCUCGAAGCCGACGAGCGGGUCGAGCUCAUUGAAUUAGAGGGCGUCGCCAACGCGAAGCUCGUCAUCAAGGACUUGCAGUAUCAAGAUAAAGGCCGUUACGUUUGUAAGGCUAAAGCAGCCAACGUUACGCGCUCAGUGGAGAUCAACGUUCGCGUGAAGGAUAAAUAUGCUGCGCUCUGGCCAUUCCUCGGAAUCUGUGCAGAAGUCGCCAUCUUGUGCACAAUCAUUUUCAUCUACGAAAGACGUCGCACGAAGCCCGAAUUCGAGGAUGACGAUGACAAGAAGGAGUCGUCGAGCCGCAAAUAAUUCCCCGAGAUGCCUCUUACUGCCACGAUGCAUCGAUCAACGCUUUAACUGAUAGAUUCAGCGGACGGGAGGGAUAGGCCCACAUUAUUUGAAGUGUGCAUCGAUGAAAUAUCUUGCGGCCUAGAUUAUGUACACAAUGUCCGUGCACACGGGUCCCCUUCCGUAUGAAGCUCGCGGAAUCGCGCGGUUCUUCCUAGCUGAUUUCCCAUCCCGAACUCUCCUCCAGAGGAAUAUCCGCAUGAUCGAGGUAGCCCUCGACGGAGCCAUCUGACAGCCCUCAAGGGACUUUCCCUUUGCGAUGACCUUCCGAGUCCCCUCUAUUGAGAAAGGGGGGGGGGGGCAGAGAACGGGCAUUGAUUUCCAGCCCAAACACCUCGCAGGUCUUCAAGACGGCGCCUUUUUUGAGGGCUAGACUUCCUUAUGGUGAUGAGACUAGUUAGGCCUCCCAAGGCUCAUGGGUGUUUUGCGAAACGACAUGGCUCAGAGGCAAGAGUUGUUCUUCGCCGUUUUCGCUAUUCAUCAUCGCGCUCGCGAAAUGGGCGUUCUCUGAGCGAACGACUGUACACCGGUUGUCGUCGCCGUACCCUGCGAUAUUCCCGGCGGAGGAAUAAGAAUUAUGAUGAGAAUGGCAUUAUCUUUCCUACGUUCAGAAUACGAUAACCGUGUAUUACUUUGUAAGGGAGAUGGCUCUCAAAACUGUUCUGACCAGUACGACGAGGGGUACAACAGGAUGAACGGGAUGAGUUUUCGCGAGGAUGGAGGAAACAGAGCUGUUGCUGUCGUGUUCAUAGGAGGAAGCAUUCGCUUCGGUUAUUAUUUAAACCUCUCCGAGUUCGGCUGACGCUUCUCCCGUUAUGUAGAAAGCGCCAUUCUCUGUUAAAUAAUGUUAAUGUUGACGAGGAGGCGCAUAGUUUUGAUAUGUUUCCCUAGAAGCAAUCCUCCCAUCAUUAAGAGCUCGAUUUUGAUAGACAGUAAUCACUCGCCUCUCGUUUCGCCUCUUGGAAGAUGAUGAGGGAGGAAUCUCCCUCCCAUAUUCGAACGUUCCCGGAAUACACUCUUAAAAGUUUUCCUCUUCAAUAAUCUUCUCUCAAAGCGGUGAUGUACCGUUAGUGGUGGUCCUUAUACGUCUCGUUCAUAUAUUUUCCUCAGGAAUCUUCCCUGGAACUAUCCGAGUCUCACGAUUCUUCCCCGAUCGUUUCACGCUCGCAGUUCCUGGAGAUAUCCUCCACACUUCUCACCGUAGAGCUCCCGCACAGUGCGCCGAGCCGCCAGAUUUCCCCCUCAUACCUCUCCAUGGAGCCCGAUAACGGCAAAUGACCAAUUAAUUCAUUCACGCUCAACUCCUCCUUGAGACUCUUUCCCGCAUGGUAUAUCGUUGAAUAUUCAUGUGUUCGGUAUCUCGCUCGACAAUGUUUGAUCCUAAUGAUAGUGCUCGCAAUGUUUCUCUUUUCGACAUCAGAACGACGGAAGCAGCAAACCGACGAAUAAUGACGUUUAAUUAUGAACUGCAUAUCUAUCGGAGAGAAGGAGAAUGCGAGUCGAAAGACCCGAGGAUUCACUACGGCAGACGGGGAGUAAAGAGCGAAUUGGAAAUUCGCAAUUUUCAUGGUGAAUUUAGCUCCUCUCUUGGAACGAGGAUAGGCAAGUCAAGGCUAUCAACCACGACACUGGAAUGGAGAUCAAGAAGCUGGAUCACCCAUGAUGAUGUGUGAAGAGGGUCGGGGGUGCUUGAGUCUUUUUUAUAAGUCGGCUUGACCAUGAAGACAUAACAAGAACCACAUAUAGAAUUUAUAUUCAAUUGUUAGAGCGGAUUCGAACGGAGCGUUGAAUUUUUGCAUCACAUAAAUAGAUCUUUAACGUUAUAGGAACUCUUUGCGCCGCUGGUAGUUCCACUUGAAGACUUCACUGUGACUUACCGCAGCACGAGUGAAAGUUAUGAGACACUUGAUCGUAAUGAUAUACUGCUUUUAAUAAAAAUACUC